AUGAUACGCGAUUACGUCCUCAAGCACGUCCUAUCCACGAACCUCGAUUCUGGAAGCAGCCCCCAGAAGGCAUCGAAACCAGCUGAUCAACCACCUCAACAAGGGUCAGGUCGAUAUAUAGGCGCAAUCGACCAAGGUACCACUUCAUCGAGGUUCAUUAUCUUUGAUACUGAAGGGAAUCCAGUCGCUUCUCAUCAAGUGGAGCUAAGUCGCAUCUGCCAGCAUUCUGGGUGGCAUGAACAGGACCCUGGAGAGAUAGUCUCCUCGGUAGAGAAAUGCAUUGAUCAGGCAACUAGAGCGUUCACUUCUCUAGGCUUCUCGGUCAGGGACCUCCAGACUAUUGGCCUGGCCAGCCAACGCGAAACCACAAUCGUAUGGGAUUGGGAGACCGGAAAACCUCUGCAUAAUGCGAUUGCAUGGCCAGACACGCGGACCACCUCACUGGUUAGAGAACUGAAGUCAAAAGAGGGAGCAGACAAACUGCAGGAGAUUUGUGGGCUUCCACUCUCCACCUAUUCCUCCUCUACCAAGCUGGUUUGGCUCCUUCGCAAUAUCCCUGAUGUGAAAAAGGCAUACGACGACGGCCGGUUAGCAUUCGGAACUGUUGAUACUUGGCUCGUCUACAAUCUAAACGGCGGGAAGAAGAGUAACGUGUUUGUCACAGAUGUGACCAACGCCUCUAGAACUAUGUUCAUAAACCUCCAUUCUCUUAAAUAUGAUGAGGCAUUGCUUAACUUCUUUGAGAUUGACCAGUCGAAAAUAAAACUCCCCAAAAUUGUUGUGUCUGCUCACGAAUCGGCAUUUGGGUCAAUGGCGAAUGGUCCCCUGAGAGGUAUCAAAAUCACGAGCUGCCUUGGAGACCAAUCUGCUGCAUUGAUUGGCCACUGUGCUUUCUCUCCUGGCCAAGCUAAGAACACUUACGGGACUGGCUGCUUCCUCCUCUAUAAUGUGGGCAAGUCGCCGGUAAUUUCUAAGCAUGGUCUACUUGCAACAGUUGGAUAUCAAUUAGGCGAAUCACCUGUAUAUGCUUUGGAAGGAAGCAUUGCUGUUGCUGGAAGUGGGGUCAGUUUUCUAAUGAACAACUUAGGCUUCUUCAGGGAUGCGAGAAAAAUCAAUGACGAAGCCGCCACGGUGCCCGAUUCGGGUGGAUGCGUAUUCGUUACUGCCUUCAGCGGAUUGCUUGCCCCUUACUGGAUCGAUGAUGCAAAAGGCACAAUUUUCGGCCUCUCACAACAUACUCAACGAGGCCACAUAGCCCGGGCAACCCUGGAAGCUGUGUGUUUCCAGACCAAAGCAAUUCUAGAUGCUAUGGAGAAAGACAGCGGCGAGAAACUGAAGGAGCUGGCAGUCGACGGUGGCUUGUCAGCUAGUGACAUAUGUAUGCAAUCCCAAUCGGAUAUUAUCCAACUGCCCAUUUCACGGCCAGAGAUGCACGAGAUUACCGCACUUGGUGCGGUUAUUGCGGCGGGAUACGCGAUUGGCAUCUUCAAAGACCUAGAGACUUUACGAGGAACGAACAAGUCGAGAAGGACGACGAUCUUCAAACCCGAAAUAGCUGAGUCAGAAAGCGCGAGGAUGUAUAAACAAUGGUCAAAAGCUGUCGAAAUGUCUCGAGGUUGGCUAGACAAUGCGGUCUAGUAGAUUUGAUUGUUGAACAAUGAACGAUGGUCUCUUCAUUGGUGGAGUUUUGGCCAAUGUCGAUUACCUUCCUCCUUUUUCUCAUAACCUUAGCAGGCAGGAUUCUCCUUUGGAUACCCAAUUUUUUCAUUUUUAAGAAUUUCCCUUUGCAAAUAUACAUUUCGAGUAGAUGGUUAAUAGUCAGUUGUUCUAAUUUUG